CAUAUGGAAUGCAACAGUAGAUAAUACACUUUGACAACCGGAAAUAAACAUAUUUCUCUUUCCUUUGCUGUUUCAGAUCGAACAGUAAGCUAUUUUUGUGGAUAUUGUUGAAUUUUCGGAAUUUUAUUCAAUAUGCCGCGUGAAAUUAAGGAAGUUAAAGACUUUCUUAAUAAAGCACGUCGUUCAGAUGCUCGUGCUGUAAAAAUAAAGAAGAAUCUGACAAACACUAAAUUUAAGAUCCGUUGUUCACGGUUUCUUUAUACUCUUGUCGUGCAGGAUAAAGAAAAAGCCGACAAAAUUAAGCAGUCUUUACCACCAGGACUGCAAGUCAAGGAGGUGAAGUAAACCAUCAUAAUUAAAUGAGGCGCCAUCUUCACAAUUUAUACUUAACACAUUAAAAGUUUGUUAACCGAAAUUUGUGUUUUAAAAAUAAAUUGACUUCAUGCAGCCAAAGUGAAAGUCUAUAUUGCUAA